GAAUAUUAAAAAUUUAGAAAAAAUAAAUUUUAUAUUAGUUAUUUUUUGAAGGAAUAUUUAUAUUGUGAAACUGUACUGUUUAGUGUUUCUUGAGCUUUCUUUUGUUUCGACAAUGUCAACUAUAUACUUCACUCUGAGGAACAUCACAAAAAUACUGCAACUUGCUCCUCACAUACGUUCCUUCACUUCUCAGACUAAAACCAACGACACGAUACCACAAUCACUAUACCAAUUGAACAAAAAAAUCUCCCAUUUGAUUCGAACCGGUAGAUUAACCGCAGCAAGAACACUAUUUGAUUCCACCAACCACCGUAACACAGUAACAUGGAAUUCCAUGAUCACUGGAUACGUUCAACGGCGUGAAAUAGCAAAAGCACGCCAACUGUUCGAUGAAAUGCCUCUUAGAGAUAUCGUGUCUUGGAACCUCAUUAUAUCGGGGUACUUUUCUUGCCGUGGAAGUAGGUUUGUUGAGGAAGGGAGGAAACUGUUUGAUAUAAUGCCGCAAAGGGAUUGUGUGUCGUGGAAUACGGUUAUUAGUGGUUAUGCGAAGAAUGGGAGGAUGGAUCAAGCGAUUGAGAUUUUUGAAUCUAUGCCGGAACGGAAUGUUGUUUCGUGUAAUGCUGUGGUAAAUGGGUUUUUGUUGAAUGGUGAUGUGGAUUCGGCUGUUGGGUUUUUUAGGAAGAUGGGAGAGCGUGAUUCGGCUUCUCUUAGUGGGCUUGUAUCGGGGCUUGUUAGGAAUGGGAAGUUGGAUAUGGCUGCUGAGAUUUUGGUUGAGUAUGGGAAUGAGGGUGAUGAGAAAGAUGAUUUGGUGUAUGCUUAUAAUACUUUGAUUGCAGGGUAUGGUCAGAGAGGAAUGGUUGAAGAGGCGCGGCAUGUUUUUGAUGGGGUUAUGAGUGAUCAAGGUGAGGGAAAUGAGGGUAAAAGGAGAUUAAAGAGAAAUGUGGUAUCGUGGAAUUCGAUGAUGAUGUGUUAUGUGAAAGCAGGAGAUGUUGUCUCUGCUAGGGAACUCUUUGAUAGGAUGGUGGAGCGAGAUGCUUGUUCUUGGAAUACCGUGAUUGGUGGCUAUGUUCAAAUAGGGGACAUGGAAGAGGCUUCAAAGCUUUUCUUGGAAAUGCCAAUUCCUGAUGUGCUUUCAUGGAAUUCAAUAAUAUCCGGGUUUUCUCAGAUUGGUGAUUUGAAACGUGUGAAAGAGUUCUUUGAGAAUAUGCCCCACAAAAACCUGAUCUCGUGGAACUCGGUAAUAGCUGGCUACGAGAAAAAUGAAGACUAUAAAGGUGCUAUUGAGCUAUUUUCUCAGAUGCAGCUUAAGGGAGAGAGACCAGAUAGGCACACUCUGUCUUCAAUUCUUAGUGUAAGUACUGGGUUGGUUGAUCUUUACCUUGGUAAGCAGAUACAUCAGUUUGUCACAAAGACUGUUGUUCCUGAUUUGCCAAUAAAUAAUUCCCUCAUUACCAUGUACUCGAGAUGUGGGGAAAUUGGUGAUGCACGCCAUGUGUUUAACGAGAUGAAACUCUAUAAAGAUGUGAUAACUUGGAAUGCAAUGAUUGGAGGUUAUGCAUUUCAUGGCUUUGCUGCACAGGCUCUAGAGCUUUUCGAACGAAUGAAGGGGCUUAAAAUUCAACCUACCUAUAUAACCUUUAUUUCAGUUUUGAAUGCUUGUGCCCAUGCAGGAUUAGUUGAAGAAGGAAAGAGGCAAUUCAAUUCCAUGAUUAAUGACUAUGGUAUUGAACCACGGGUUGAACACUUUGCCUCUCUUGUGGACAUCUUGGGACGGCAGGGACAGCUUCAAGAGGCUAUGGAUUUGAUUGUUAACAUGCCAGUUAAACCAGAUAAGGCUGUGUGGGGUGCUCUACUAGGGGCUUGUAGAGUGCAUAGUAAUGUAGAUUUGGCCCAAGUAGCAGCCAAAGCUUUGAUCCGUCUUGAGCCAGAAAGUUCAGCUCCUUAUGCGUUGUUAUUUAAUCUUUAUGCUGAUUUAGGACAGUGGGAUGAUGCCGAGAGAGUAAGAGCGUUGAUGGAAGAAAAUAAUGUCAAGAAGCAAGCAGGGUAUAGUUGGAUAGAUUCUACCAAUCGUCAAUGAUAAAUUUUUCCAUUUUGAAAAAACUUCAAUCAGCAAUGUAGAUCAUAUCAUGCCACUGUUAGAGAUGCGUCUAAUCAACUUAGUCAACUUCAUAUGGUCAGAUAGGAAAAUUGGUCUUGACUGAUUAAGUAGAUAAUGACAUAAAAGUUAAUUUGAUAUCGAAGAAAUGGUACGUCUUUGGGAUGAUAUUUGGAGGUAAGGACAAGUAAAACAUUGUAAAUCUGUAGCUGCUGGCUACAGUCCUAAAUGUUAUAACUUUUUUGUUUCUUCUAAUAGAUCUAUUUGCCGGUGUCAGCAGCAAGGGACUCCAGCCUUUGAUGGCUGCAAGAUUGGUAUGUUAUUACAAAUUCAACUGCUUCUCGAUUAAAUAUUUGUUGAUGAGAUAUGUAUCUUUUGGUAAAUAUAUAUGACCUUAUACGUGGAAUCUUUCAUAAAUUACUAAUGCAGUCCUAAACUUGAUAUAAGAAAACCUAUUCAAUUCCAUUACUUGUGAGAAAGAAGAAAAUAGAGGUAAACAUUGAGUGGGUUUUUGUUUUAGUGGCCAAUUUAAGUUUGUUAAUGUAACGUAUGAGAUAACUGAUAUACAAAUGAAUCCACCAGUUGUGCCACCAUCUUGAUGUAGCAGUAGGGAAUGAAAAUGCCGAUACCGAAGGUGGUCAAUCUGAUGAAGUAUUUACAAUCUCAUAGAUUUUGAAAAGGCAAAAGGAACUAAAUUUCCGAGUUUGUCACUUAUUGUGUCCGAUUCACUCUACCAUAUGCAAUGGUAAAAAAUACAAGGAACACUCUGUUGCAUUGAAAAGUAGACAAUCUUGUAUACCUUUGCUCUUGUUCAUUAAUAUAUCUGGACAACUUGAUAUCUAAAUCAUUUACAAAAACGUAUUUCAGAUAAAAGGAAAAGAACAAUGUGCUGCACAGGCUUCUGAUGAACUUGCAGAUAGCACUUUGAACAGGAAAAGGGAAAAUGCACAAUCUUCUCAGUUAUUUGCACAUCCUCCUGGAUUUGUAGAAGAGAUACAAAGUUGGGAUUUCCAGUUCAUUGUUUCCAUGCACACCAGUGAAUGACUCGAUGCUACGUAUUUCCUGUUCUUGGUUGCAUCAUUACCAUGGUUGCUCUUGUAAAGAAAAGGAAAGUCUAUUGUGGGGUAAAUAUGGGUAAUACCGGUUAUGGGCCUGUGGUGUGGUGCAACUGCCACUGCAUCGUUGAAAAUGGAGAACUACAAUUGGGAGAUUCUGCUUGGUUUACAAACAGUCAAGCAAGUGGGUGUGGAUUGCAGCAAUGACAUAACAGAAGAGAAGAUGGAAUGGAGUGAAAAAUUUUAGAUGCUUGUAAAGUUGUAAGGAACACAUGAUUAUUUAUUGAUUUUGGUCAUUUCUGUAAGGGCAUAUUGCAACAGUAUGAUGUAUUUGUGACAUGUCAAAGUGCCACUCAUAUAAUGAGCUAGCUACGGUGAAUGAAUUUGGCAGGCUACAGCAGCUUCUGCUUCUAAUGUGAAUCUUUUCAAACUUAUUAA